CCUUUACCUUUGAGAGGGUGUGCUUUUAAAGGAGUGUGUGUAGGUGAGGCACGCAUUGCCACUGCGCUCCCGCGGGCAUGAAGAGCAUCGAAAUGGAUAAGACAGGUGAACGGGGAGACUUUGAAUGGGUCUACAAUGAUCAGCCUCAUACUUCACGAAGAAAAGAAAUAUUAGCAAAAUACCCAGAGAUCAAGUCCCUGAUGGGGCCUGACCCCCAGUUGAAGUGGGUGGUGACAGGGAUGGUCCUCACCCAGCUUCUGGCCUGCUACAUGGUCCACGACCUCCCCUGGAAGUGGGUGUUAUUCUGGUCAUACGGCUUCGGCGGCUGCAUCAACCACUCGCUGACCCUCGCCAUUCACGAUAUCUCCCACAACGUUGCGUUCGGCAACAAGCUGGCGCGCCUCAACCGCUGGUUCGCCAUAUGGGCCAACCUCCCCAUCGGACUGCCCUACUCGGCUUCGUUCAAGAAGUACCACAUCGACCACCACCGCUACCUGGGUGGCGACGGCCUAGAUGUGGACAUCCCCACGGACGCGGAGGGCUGGUUCUUCUGCACACCCCUGCGGAAGGUCCUGUGGCUCUUCCUCCAGCCGUUGUUCUACGCACUGCGCCCUCUAGUGGUGAACCCCAAGCCAGUCUCUAGACUAGAGAUGAUGAAUGCCGCUGUUCAAUUUGCAGUGAACUUUGUGAUAUUCUACCUAUGGGGGCUGAAGCCAAUUGUUUACCUCAUAGCCGGGUCCAUUUUAUGCAUGGGUCUACAUCCCAUCUCUGGACACUUCAUAGCGGAGCACUACAUGUUCCUGAAGGGCCACGAGACAUACUCCUACUACGGCCCACUGAACUGGAUCACCUUCAACGUGGGUUACCACAUGGAGCACCAUGACUUCCCCAGUAUACCUGGCAGUAAGCUGCCUCAGGUGAAGAAGAUGGCAGCAGAGUACUACGACUCCCUACCACAGCACACUUCCUGGACCCGGGUGUUGUGGGACUUUGUCUUUGAUGACAGCAUCGGUCCCUACACCAGGAUCAAGCGGGAAUAUAAGCUGGUCAAGCAGGAGUAGGUGCCACAAAACACUUUCCCCAAUAUUCAGUGCUACUGAUUGUCAUAGUGAAACAUUGGUUUCAGAUAGUGGCGCUCCAGGGUAUGUUGAACCAAAGUGGGUUAAGUUAAGCCACCCUUGUUUCUAGGAAACCAUACAGAAAAUGUAUAAUUUGACUAAAUAUGUAGGAAGAGGUCAGUCAUCAUUUCAUGGUGUCUGUGAAUAAAGAAACCACAUGGAAAAAGUAGUAAGCAAGUGGGGUGCAAAAAAGUCAAAUGAACAUAUUGUGUUAGAGGCUCCUUUUCACCUCGUUUUAUCAUGUGAUUUACUUGACAAUAGCACACGUGGGCAGGCAAAAGACAAUGUCAAUCAUUAGGUUUACCAUACCGUGAGUGUGGACAGUGCAGAGAAUGAAACAUUGAAACUUACCUUGCAGUAAGAGGAGCUGUAUUUCAGUGAAGCACUGUUUGAUGCUCACCACACAAGUUGUUUUUAAUCAAGAAAAUAAAUAGAUAAUACUGCUAACAAUGUUUCUAACAGAAAUGUAAUUUAAUAAAACGUUAUGUUAUUA